CAUUUUCUUCAAACGUAUAAUAUGAAGCCUUUAUAUAUAAGACUUUUUAACGCUUCGAUAUUCAAUAAAAUAUUCACCUUAAAAAGAGCUGUUUUUUUCGGAUAAAAAUUAUUAAAAACCGGGUUUUUUUCUAGAAAUAUGUCAGCACAAAUGCAGUUACAACGACCUUCUGUCAAAACGCAUACAACAGCAUCAACAUCACAACAGCUGAUUCAAACAAUGAUAGAAGCGUCAUUUGGAUGUAUUUUAUAUGUUAGAGGACUUUUUCCGGAUGAUAAUUUUUCAGAGGAAAGAUAUAAUCAAAAGUCAAAUAAAUCAUCUAUUCUUGCAAAUUCGGGUACAAGAAUUAUGAAGAUAAAAAGAGGGUUUUCAGAAGAGGCGGAUUUAUUAUUAGAUUAUUUGGUUUUUUAGAAAUUUUAUAUAAGUUUAUAAAUUUAUAUCUAUUCAGAAUCAAGGGGUUUAUGAUGCAUUAUCAAAGAAAUAUUUAAGAUCGAUUUUAUUUGCGAUAUAUUUUGAUCCGAAUGAUUCGACGAAUAUUUUUGAAUCAUAUACGUUUAAUUUUGUGUAUUGUGGACAAGAUAAGAAGCCAAUGAUGAAUGUUGUUAAUUCAAAGGGAGAGAAGCAAAGUUUUGGUGUAGAAGAAGAAUAUGCAAAAAGGUGUAUACAAUUAUUAUUAAGAAAUUUGAUUACAUUGACACAAAAUCUUUCUCCUUUGCCUGAAAAUAAAAAUCGAUAUAUUACGAUGAAGCUGUUUUAUACGGAUGCAACACCUCAGGAUUAUCAACCUCCAAUGUUUCGUGAUUGUACAAUGGAGAAGCCAUUCACAUUUGCAGUUGAUCCAGAGAACACUAAUUUUUAUAAGCAAACGGCAGGAUCUAUUGAUACAGGAUUUCAUGCAAUAACACUUAAAAUUACAAGCAUAGCUGAUGCAGUAUCCGAAUGUAAAAGUUUUGAAGAAUACCAAGAUAAACAAAUCAAAACACUAAGUGCUGAAGAAGAUAUUUCUGAGAAAGAAUCUUUAAAAGAUUCACUAAAAGAGAAUAACAUUAUUAUUCUGGAUUCUCAGAAAAAACACCAAUCUUGCCCGGAACUUUUACCAUCUUUGCCUCAAAACAAUAUAUCUAAACAAUCAUUAAAAUAUGUAGAUGAACGCUAUGAAAAGGAAGAUGCGGCUAUUAAAGAAAUGCUUACAACACAUACGCAAGAUUCAGGACUUGAAGCUACACAGCCUCUUGAAUCUAAUUUCUCUCAAAUAACACAAAAUGUAUCUUAUGUUCACUCAAAGCCAUCUUUUGAGUAUGAGGCUAAAGUAAAAUAUGAGAAAACACGUGAAAAGAACUCGAAAAAAUUAGAAGUAAAGAAAAUUGUUUCAGUAGGGGAAAAUUUAUCUAAAUUAACCCUAAAUUUUCGAAAAGCAUUUGAGCUUAAUGAAGAAAAAAAGCGUUUGUUAUGUCUUAGGAAUACUGUGAAAGGUUCAGUCAAAGAUAUUGAUGUAAUACGCUGUGAAUGUGGAGACGUUUCUGAAGAUAGUGGCGAUAUGAUCCAAUGCUAUGUAUGUCAAUCAUGGGUUCAUGCAUGGUGUUAUGGUUUUAUAUCUGGUAAUGAUGAGCGUUUGCCUGAUGAUCAUUCUUGUUAUUCUUGUCUUCUCCGGAAAUUUGAACCCGUUUUAUAUGAAAGCAUGAAGGAUUUAGCAUUGUUUAGAAGAGCUCUUAUGAUUAUUUGGGAAGAAGGAUUGCCCGAAAGUAAUUCUGAAUUCUCAAAUAGAUUGGGAUGUAGUCGACAAAAUGCAUGUCAAAUUUUAAAAAGACUUUUGCAAGAGGGAUUUAUAGCUAAUAUCACUCAAAAUAGAGCUUCGAGAACAAAUACUUCAAAAAAAAAUGGACGUAUAAAUAUGAAUGAUGAAAUGGUUGUUGUAAAAAACGCUGAAAAUAAGCAACGUUUAUUUUCAGAAUAUUUUCAACCACUUUUAAAAAUUAGCCAUCAUUAUGAAAAACAAGAAAAUGUUAACACUUCAUUUCAGAAAGAUAAAUCUGUAAAUUCUAAUGCUUCUAUUGAUAAUUCAAUACCCAUAAAUGCUCUUUCAAUUACCAAUUCAUCUGGUGUUGACUCUUUAAAGGAUCCUAAUUUUAUUAUAAAUGCUACUCCACUUUCUGAAUUGAAAGAUGCUAAUAUACCAAAAGAGCUUUGUAUUAAAGAAAUUAAUGAUAUUAAUCAUAACAAUGCUGAGCUUGAUACAACAGAUGAUGAAGAUCUUUCCGCUCAAAAUAUAAUUAAAAAACCCCAUUUAACGGAAUCUACAAAUUUAAUUAAUUCGAAUGCUGGUUUUGGCUUACAAAAACAUAAUACUAUUAAUAAUUUUAAAACUUAUGCUAUCUCAAAUAUAAACCAGAUUCCUAAAAAGAAUAAUAAGCGAACUCGUUUACAUUUUUCUGAUGAGAAUUUCGAUACUGAAGCCAAAAAAAGAAAAUCAAGUGUUAUUUUAAAACCAAUUUUAGUUUAAACAUGCUAUUAACU